UUACCUUUAAUUCAAAGCUACCAUAUUUGCCACUUUUGAAACCCACAUAGCAUAUGCUUUCAUCAUGACCAUAACUUGCUCAAAUAAAUAUUCUAUUAGUUUCUCAUUCCCAUAAAUACAACCCAACUUCAACAUUAAGCACCAUACUAAUACCAAAGCAUAUCUAUCUCCUAUAGUUUUAUUGUGUUUUAAGAACACAAAAUACUUUUAAAAAAAAAAAAAUGUCAGCUGUAGUAGGAAGUGUGACUACUCCAUCCCAAAAUGCAGGAAUCAUUCUAUCUUCUAAUAUGAAGAAAGAAGCUGAGAAAAAGAAUGAUAAGAUUAGUGCUGAAGUUUGUAAGGAUUUGAUUAAAGAAAUGAAUAAGAAAUCUGAUGAUAUUGAAGAAAAGAAUGAUGAACAGAUAAUUGAGAAGGAUGAUCAUAAGAAUGAUGAAAGUUCAAGCAAACAAAAUCAACUUCUUAUAAGAAACAUUGGCCUUUCAGUUGAAGAGAAGAAAUUAAGGCCAGAAGUAAAGAUAUUGAGGCUGAAUAUAUAUUCUCCUGAUCGAGCUGAUGUAGUGCUCCCAAUCCCAUUUCCUUGUACAAGCUCUAAGGACACACUCUUUACUCUUAAAGAAGGAAGCAAAUACCGAAUCACAUUUCAUUUUUCUGUAUCUCAAGAUAUUGUUAAAAACCUCUCUAGUGUUUAUUCUGUUUGGAAAGCUGGAGUUAGAGUGCGGCAAACAACGAAGGUGAUAGGUACAUUUAGCCCAAGAGAACAGGAAUAUACACACGAAUCAGAUAAAGGUGUUACUCCUUCUGGAUUCUUUGCUAGGGGUUCUUUCUUCAUCCGAUGGAAGUUUGUGGAUGAUGAUGGCAAUUGUUACUUGGAUACCAAUUACUAUUUUGACAUCAGAAAGGACUGGGGAGCUUCAGAAAAGUGCUCAAAUAAUUAGCAUUAAAUUAAUAGAAUUAAAUUGUAAUCCUGUAUUUUUACAAGAAUGAAUAAUUGCAAAUCCUAGAUUUGCAUGCUUAAUUUGGUCUAUCUAUUCAAUUGUGAGUAUAAUAUUAUGUCUAGUUUGUACUUAAUCGUUACUAGAAACUUUCAUUUUUAUCUCAUGUAUUGUAAUGCUUUUCGGAAUUCCAUUUAUCCAAAUAACAUAGAAACAUAAGUAUGUAUGCCCAUUCCAUCA